UGAAUGGUCGGGUAUAUGACCUAUUUUAAUGGUCUUGUCAGGUAUGUCAGGUUGUCUGCGUCAACUACUAACAAACCAAGACAUACUUUAAAACUACGUGAUCCAUGGUGCUAAGUUUCAUGUUCAUUGCAGCUUUUUAAAUUUUGAUUAUGUUGCAAUGAGUGUUAUUUGAUCGUUAAUUGUAUAUUAAUGGCGAAACCGUCAACAGGUUUGAUAAUUUUCAUUAUCCUCAACCUAUCAGCUAAUCACACCUGUUGUAUCCAAGUGAUUGACCCCAGGUAACAUUAGACAACUGGUUGAUGAGUCGAGAGGCAGGUCCUCAUAAAACUAUAAUGUUAUGACCUACAUCAUUUUUGGAAAAACAGACGGCUGCAUAUUAUCGUUACAUACAGUUAAACAAUGGAGAUAUCAAAGAUCAUCUGGAUAAAUCUUUUGCUUCUUACAGCAUCAUCAUUUGCUGAUUUUCAGUUUACAGCACCAACAGAAAAUUGCGUUACUGGAAACGAGUGUCCUUUAACAUGCGGUCCAAUAGAUAGAUCUCAAAAUGUGCAAUUCAUUAGAGGUGAUGCGCCAUUACUAACCUGUUUGGCAAGAUACUCCUAUGAGUCUCCAUGUUUGAUUGUGCCAGGCAGUCCAGAUCCUGGCUUUCGCACAUAUUUUGACACUCGGAAAUCAGAAAUUAUAAUCAAAGUAGUAAUAAAGGAAAACGAUGAUAACAAAUGGACCUGUAAAAAUGGAAAUCAAGAGGCAACUAUUAAAGUAAAAACUGGUUAUACAUCUGUAGUAGCAAAGUUGACUUCAUCUGCUUACUUUGGAACAGUAGGUCAGGAAGUGAAUUUAUUGUGUCAAGUAGUUGUUUACGGUACUACAACCUACGACCCUACCAUGGUAUCAACGUCUAUAACUAGAAAUAGUGAUGCCAGCAAUCUUACUACUACUGUUUCUAAGGGGCAUUUCCUGAAUUACAGAGCCACAACUAAAUUAAAAUGUACAGAUCACUAUUUUUCAUGUUUUACUUUCACUGGAUUUGGUAGACUGAGUAGUGAUAAUGUAGAGAUUAAUGUCCUUGAAUGUCCAUUGCAGAUAUUUUACGAUAUGAUAACAACCAAUGUAACAAUUGAACAGGGUAAAAGACGUGAUUUAGAAUUGUACUAUUCUGGUUAUCCAGUGACGACCAGAUGGUAUAAAAAUUUUCCAGAAGGUGAUAUGCCAUUAAAUAGAGUAAAUAAUGUCGUAGAUCUACAUAUAGGAUCUAGGAAAGAGAUUAUGUUUAUUACCAAUGCUAAUUUUGAUGAUGCUGGACAAUAUACAGUACAUGUUCGACAGAAUGAUACCGUCAUUAAAGUUGUUUACCAUGUGACCAUUGUAAUGCCAACAACUACUAAAUCCAGUUAUUUCACCACACACAAGACAAGCACCAAUUACCCUUGGUUUUCAGGAUCAGAGCAACCUAAACCCAAUUAUACUACCACCGAAAUAUAUAACAUCACCGAGAUAUAUAAUAUCACCAAUGCGCCUUACACGAGAAGCACCAAAAUAAUUAAAUCGACAACGAAAGAUGUAGAAUUGAAACCCGUCGUUAUUAAAGAUAAUAAUAAUGGAAGUUGUCAACAAUUAAGUAGUUUAAUGACUUUGGUCGUAUUGGUGUUUUUAUCAUUCAACUUUUUAUAGAAUACACACCCUCAAAUCACCCUAUUUUAUGGUUACAAGAAAGUUGAAACAAGGCCGAUUCACGGGCUAUAUUCAAAGUCAUUUGAUGAAGAGUUCCUAGUGUGAUGAAAAUAGUUUGAAAAUCUUACUUAUUGCCAUCGACUUUAUCAAUCAAAAAUCUAUUAGUCCCAUUAAUGGAACACCCUAAAAAGUAUAUUUAUAUUCACAAGGAGGAAUGAUAUCUCGUAGCUCUUGAUUGUGGAUUUUGCAACAUAGUGCUCACAAAUGUACAUAUGGCAAUAAACAUGUUUUUAUAUUAUUAA